GCAGCCAACUACUCCACGACCUUAGCGUGUUGAAAGGAACGAGAUGCGAUAUAUUUUAGUCAACUAUAGCGAAUUCCUCCGCAAUACAAUAUCAUUUUCAUAUGAAAAACUGGGGAAGGCUGUAAAUGUAUGAGUAGUCAACGUUUCGCCCUUCUUUAAUCUACAGAGCCGUUUGCAGAUCUCUGUGUUUCUUUGCACAUCAAGGCAAUGGCUUCCUUAGAAAAAGAGGGACUUGUUGAAGAAUCUCGGUCGAGUAUAUCCCAAGAAUCCGCCUGCAUUUCAAACCUAGGCAACCUUGAUUCAGCUGAGGCUAGCAAGAGUAGCAAUAUUUUCUCGGUUUUCCUCGAGCCAAUUCAAUGGAUACAGAUGCUAUCUUCUCAGCUAAAUCCAACUUUCAUCAUUGGGAUAGUUAUAGUUUAUGGACUCAACUUAGGCUUCUCCGGUUCUUUCUUCAAAGUAGUCACGGAUUACUAUUGGAAAGAUGUUCAAAAAGUGCAGCCCUCCGUGGUUCAAUUAUACAUAGGUCUAUACUAUAUCCCGUGGAUUAUGAAACCUGUUUGGGGUUUACUCACUGAUGUUUUCCCAAUAAGAGGAUAUAGAAGAAGACCUUACUUUGUGCUUGCUGGUGUUCUUGGGGGUGUCUCUGCAUUGAUGGUUGCUCUCAUUGGUAAUUUGCCUGCUGCUUUAGCAUUGAGUUGCUUUAUAGGGAUUGCAGCAGGCAUGGCUAUAGCAGAUGUGACAAUUGAUGCAUGCAUUGCUACAAAUAGUAUCGAGGUUCGAUCCUUGGCUCCGGAUAUGCAGAGCCUUUGUGGAUUUUGCUCCUCUGCUGGGGCUUUAAUUGGUUAUUCCACCAGUGGAUUUUUUGUUCACCAUCUCGGAGCUCAGGGAGCUUUAAUUCUAAUGUCAAUCCCCCCAGUUUUUAUCACAGUGUUGGGCUUUGUGAUUUAUGAAAUGAGAUCUCCCUGUCUUCACCCCGAGAAGCAGAAGAAAAUGGGAACCUUAGGGGUGGCCGUAAAGGGCAUGUAUCAGACAAUCAAGUUCCCUCAGGUGUGGAAGCCAUCGCUCUACAUGUACCUAUCUUUGGCUCUCAGUAUCAGUACUCAUGAAGGGCAAUUUUAUUGGUACACUGACGCCAAAGCUGGUCCUGGAUUCUCUCAGGAAUCUGUUGGGGCCAUAUAUGCAAUUGGUGCAAUGGCUUCAAUGGUGGGGGUCCUGAUCUAUCACAAGACACUCAAAGACAUCCCAUUCAGAAACCUACUCUUUUUCGCUCAGCUCCUUUACGGCGCAUCUGGAAUGCUCGAUCUAAUCUUCAUUCUUCGAUGGAAUUUAGUGCUUGGGAUUCCAGAUUACUUCUUUGUUAUCACUGAAGAAUGCAUAUCACGAAUUAUAAGUAGAAUAAGGUGGAUUCCCAUGAUUGUAUUAAGCACUAGGCUUUGCCCUUUAGGCAUUGAAGGCACAUUUUUUGCAUUGUUAAUGUGCAUAGAUAGCCUUGGUUCCUUGACCUCCAAAUGGGGAGGAGGAAUGGUUCUUCACGUUUUUCAUGUGACUAGGACAGAUUUCACAAACCUGUGGUUGGUUAUUCUCAUUAGAAACAUACUGAGAAUUGCUACUCUGGGUUUGAUUUUUCUUGUCCCAAAGGCUGAUCCGUCAGAUGCUUUGAUUCCUCAAGAUAUUUUGAUGACGCAUUCGACUGUAACAUCAGAUGAUGAGGGGUUAGAACUUGUCCCAAAGAAUGAUAGAAGUCCAGAGCUUCUUUUAAAUCUUUAACCUUUUCGCCUUGGAUAAUGCAAUUUUGUACAGUAAAAAUUGAGUUACUAUCAUUUUUAUUUUAUUUAAAGAAAUAAUACGAACACAAUUUUUGAUA